GCCACCGAGGUCCAAGCUGCACUUGCUGCCCCAUUGAGGACGAGGAGGCAGCGGGAGUGGUGACGGUGUCGCUGAGAAGCCAAACGGCCAGCACCCAAAGCUGACCUGCCUGGCGCCCGCGGCCCUCUCCAGUCUCUCUCCCAUUGUACUGGAACCCUAAAAAGAAGGAAUAAAACAACAUCAAGAAAAAGACUAAGAUUGUGACAAAGACCCAACGGGGUAGGUUCCUAUUUUAUACUCAACUGGGUUCUCUUGGUUAUAAACUCCUCCCCAUCUGGUGCUGCAACAAUGAGUGGGAAAUCCCUGCUCUUAAAGGUCAUUCUCUUGGGUGAUGGUGGAGUUGGGAAAAGCUCACUCAUGAACCGUUAUGUAACCAAUAAAUUUGACUCCCAGGCUUUUCACACCAUAGGGGUAGAGUUCUUAAAUCGAGAUCUGGAGGUAGAUGGACGUUUUGUAACUCUCCAGAUCUGGGACACUGCAGGGCAGGAACGUUUCAAGAGCCUUAGGACACCCUUCUACAGGGGAGCAGACUGCUGCCUCUUGACCUUCAGUGUGGACGACCGGCAGAGCUUUGAGAACCUUGGUAACUGGCAGAAAGAAUUCAUCUACUAUGCAGAUGUGAAAGACCCUGAGCACUUUCCCUUUGUAGUUCUGGGUAACAAGGUAGACAAAGAGGAUAGGCAAGUAACUACUGAGGAGGCGCAAGCCUGGUGCAUGGAGAAUGGGGAUUACCCUUAUCUAGAAACAAGUGCCAAAGAUGAUACUAAUGUUACAGUGGCCUUUGAAGAAGCCGUCAGGCAGGUGUUGGCUGUAGAGGAACAGCUAGAGCAUUGCAUGUUAGGUCACACUAUUGACUUGAACAGUGGCUCCAAAGCAGGAUCUUCAUGCUGUUAAAAGUAGGAAGCCUUUUAAAAGUGUGCCCCAAAUUGCUCAGUCAGUAGUGUAAGAAUAACUGUGCCCCUCUAAGAGUGCACACAUACACAAAAGUGUAAGAGAUAAGGUUGUGAUUGUGAAUCAGAGCCUUUCAAAUUGAAGUUGUAGGGCGAUUUAAAAAAAAAAAGCUUUAUCAAACCAAGUGUAUUUUGUGUGAUUUCUGCUAUUUCCUUCUUGUGUGUAUCGGGACGUUUCAGAAAGCUUUAGUCCUGAGAAAUUUAAAUAUUUUUCAAAUCACAAUUUAAACUUAGAACCCAGCCGCAUGAAGGAGUUAACGAGCUACAGCUAUCCCUUAAAGCGUUCCAUUAAUCAACUAACAAAUAUCACCAUUGACUCUUGCCAGGCAGUUUCUGACAUUUCUGCUAAAGGGGAAAAAAAUAAGACUCUGAGCUGUAUUACAAUAAAAAUAAUAAUGCAAACAAGGAUGUCCUAAGUUUGAAUUAUAAAGAGGUUGUAAUGAUUAGGAAUGCAAAAGUAUAGUGAUGUACACCGCCUUGUUUAAAUCCUUAUGUAUGGUUUGCUUCCAUCAGAGCUUUUUAAAAAAUACCACCUCAAUAGGAGAUACACUAAUGACAACGGAAAUUCAUUAUACUCCUUGUGUUUAAAGUAACAGGGUACUAGUGAAUGGAUUAUACUUAAAUAUGCCAACCACUUUUUCAAAUAAACGGUUGGUCUGCUUUUACUUCAUAAAUCUACUUUCGCUGCCCAGAGAUGUUGCUUCUCUGACAACUUCUUAUCAAUUUAGUGAUGCUGCUUAGUAUAUGGCUUUGGAUGCAGUGCUCUCUGCUCAUAAUUUUGAUGGUCCUUUGAUCCACCAUGCUGUGCUCUCAGAGAAGCCUUCAGAAAAGCUUGGGGGAUAAUGGGCUUUUCUUGCAAGGUUUCUUAAGUCAAAUAUUUAUUGUAAAAGAAGGAACUGAUUUCUUGUAUGUUGCACUGUAUAUUCCUCUGGCCAAACUAGGACAUUGAAAGUAACAAGAGAGAAGACUUUCACCCAAUGUUAGAAUGAAUUUCUCAUCAUUAGAGUUGUCCAACAGUGGAAUGGACUGCCUUAAUAGUGGACUCCCUUCCAGUUAAAAUAUUCAAGAAGAUGCUGUAUGACCAUCUGUUACAAUGCCAUAAAAAGACUUUCUAUACUGGCUAGAUGUUUGGUUUAAGAUCCCUUCCUUAAACCAUGUUAUAGUUAGAUAUAUUGUAAGACAACAGCUAAGACUAUGGAGAAGAACUUUAAAGUUUUUCAAACUAUACUGGGAUCAGCAUUUAACAGCAACUACAUAGCUCUUUCUUUUGCUUUUGCACUAUGGCAGGAAAAAAUCUUGAGCUCUGAGUAAUCAUUAUGUUCCCUGAUAUAAACACCCUAAAGAUACCAUAUUAAAAUACAAAAAUUGUCUGUCAAAUUUUGAUCACAUGACUGCUAUCUAUUUACUAUAUUAUGAAUGCCUAGUUCCUGUUGGUUGAUCUGUUUGUCCUGCAUAGCCUUUAAUCUGUACUUUUGAAACAUCUAUAAUAAAAAUAGUGACCCAAAGUAGUGAGGGACAGUUAGAAAUGACCCAAAAAGAAACCAAGGUCAGGGAGGGGGCAGGAGGUUUCACAGAAAUACAGCCUAGAACUCUCCAUUGUAUCCACAUAUGGAAUCAGCCUUACACAUGGGACCUUAUGUGCUUUAAGAGCUCUGGGACUUUUCAGCCACAUAGACAAGUGGAAGAUGGUAUUUCAAUCUAGUCACACUCAGUAUUUCUAAUUUAACUAUAGUCGUGACCCCAACUAACUUUGAUGCCAGAAGUCAAAGCCAGAACUGGGACCCCACCGCUCUUAAGUAUUGGUCCCUAUCCUGCCUAUGCCUAUAGCCAGCCACACUGGUUUCCAAGUUCUACGAUCAUCUUGCUACAGUCAUGUUAGGGUGAAAAUCUGUACGUCAGAACUGUUAAAUGCUAAUUGUUUUUAAGUGCAUGAGACCUGGGGCCUUCUCUUUCUACUUGCACUCUGCUUAUAAUAGUUUCCAUUUGUAGAUCUCAGGCCUUCGUAAAGACCUUCAUCCACUCACAGAAGUACUUGUCACUAUUAGAAUGGCAUGUGAUCAUUUAAGUAAAAAAGUUACAAGGUUCUCCCAUUCAUAGGCCUCCUCUCCAUCCAAGACAAGUGUUAAUUUUGUUGACAGGUCAACUGAAGCCCCUUUCCUCUUAAUCAUACCAAUUUUUUUUCUGUCAAAUCAUUACACAAUAUCUUAAUGAAAGCAUUUAACAUUAAGUGACAAAAACAGUGGCAUUUUGGUGAGUAACACUCAGUGGGGUGCUGACGUAUAGUUUAGGUAAGAUUAAAAAACACCAAAGGCUGAAAUCUGUGAGUACGAGGACCUGUGCAUAUAGGCUUAGAAAUUGUGUACGCUAGAAUGUGCAGUGCAAUAUUUCCAGUAGGUUUUUUUUAAUGAACACUAGAUUUUUUGAAUAAGCUAUUUCUAAUUGGAACUAUACUGUUUUUCAAUGGCCCAUUAAAACGUCAUACACAGUAUUUAGUUUAUUUUCAUGUAUUGGGCUAACAUUCAGGGGGCCUCAGAUUCCAUAUGUCUUCAGUGGAUUGACGAAUUUCAGGUUAAUUUGUGCCUGCCUCAGCCAUCUCAACUUUACCCUGAGGUAUUCCACAAUCCUCUUGUUGCAGGUGCUGCUAAAAACUCAAAAUUGUGUAUCAGAUAUUUUGUUUCAAUUGUAAAGUAUCAUCUGUGUUAAAGUGAAUAAA